AUGGCCGACCAAGGAAUUUUUGGUGAUAUAGAACAAGAUAACAAUCCGUCAUUAUACCAGAGCAAAACAUUGGAAGAAGACAACACCCAAAAUGGUAGUCAUGAGCAACAACAAAAGCACGCACUGGCAUCCCCAGAACCACAAGCCAAGGGUAAACCAAUGGAAUUCAAUAGCAGCGGCGUCGAUAACGUCGUGGGUAAUAAUUUAAUUAAUAGCUCCAUUGGGCUCUCUCAAAAGAUUAAGAAGUUACUCAAUAAUCCGAAGCUCAUGAUAGACGUGAUUCUGAGCGAGCGUGUGGUGAAUUCAAUAGUUGUGUACCUCAUACAGCUUAAGGUAAAGGGUGCCAAGGAUGAAGACGCGAUCAUUGUGAAAAGAAGAUACAGUGAGUUUAAGUCACUUCGAGAUAAUUUGGUUAAGUUGUUUCCUACGCUAGUCGUGCCACCAAUCCCUGAGAAACACACGCUUCUCACAUACUUGAUCAAUUCCAUUGAUAGCGCCAGAGAAAUGAACGUUAUCGAACUUCGAAAGCGUUAUUUCCGAAAUUUUUUACAAGAUGUAAUCUUCGACUCGAGCUUGAAGUUGAGGAACUGUCCCUUGCUACAUAAGUUCUUGGAUCCAAACUACGAGUCAUGCUGGGAAACAGCCAUAAACGAGCCACCCGUUAGCUUAAUCCCUUCUAACCUUCUACUCGCUAAUCCGAAUGAUACAACAGACCAGAAUGGUCUAUAUUUGCUUCUUCCUUCAGUCACAGGUUUUGAUACUGACAGCCCCGACAACCUUUCAGGUCUCAAAAAGCUCAAUGAUGAUGUCCAUAAACUACAUGCGGAUAUUAAGCUUUACGAUCUCAAAGAGAAUAAUCUUCAUGAGAUUUCUGAAAAUGACACGAGCUUUUCAGACAUUCCAGUCAACUUGAUAAACUACGAGAUUAACUUCCAUCAAAAUAUCAAAGUCCUACACGACGUUCAGAAGCUUAAUGCUCGCUCUGUCAAAAACUUCCGGACUUUGAUUAGCUCUCUUAUAGAGUUGGGAGGCAACUUGAACAAUUUUUCGCUUCAGAUACACGAUGCCUCGACUGAACGGAGCAAAUCUCUCUCUUCAGUGAUCGAAAAAUUUGGGUCAGCCAUCGACUCGACUUUUCUCAAUUUUGAACAUUUUCUACUUGACAAGAUGAUACCUGAGUGGGAUGACCCUGUUAACCGUUUUGUUCAAUACUACUUUUCAGCGUUACAACUUGUAAAAUACUACAAGUAUAAGCUCAUUCAAUUCAAACUCAUAUACAAACUAAAGUUCAACAAGGUGCAAGAGAUGACCGCGUUCCACGAUAACGUCAACUCAGUGAAGCAUUUGAAGGACCUUGAUAUAAAUAGCCCCUCCAUCAAAAAAGCUAUCAAACGCAUUGAAAGCAGACAACAGCGUGGGAGGCAGCUACAAUCAAAAAAGUCUUGGUAUGGUUUAUUUGGUGGAACAAAGACUACUUUCACCCUUCCGGACCAUGAUCUCCACAGGGAGCCGGAAGCGACAGCAGACCACGAGGAGUCCAACUCCCAAGACACCAAAAGUCCCGGUGACCUUAAAACGCAUUAUCAACACAAAAUGCAACACAUCGAUAAGGAACUCGAUAAGCUUGAUCAGCUCAUUGACUUGGUGAAUGGAGAUAUGAUAGCUUUGACGCAGAACCUACAGGUAAACUUUCAGGAUUUCCUCGACAAAAUGGAAAGAAAAUGGCUUACAAUAAUGUUGGAAUUUGUGCGUGCUGGAAAACAAUUAUUUGAAGAGAAUUUAACAACUUGGAGUGACUUCAAGAAAUCGGUUAAUGAGGUAUAUGAGUAA